CAAGCACAAAACUGCCACAAAUCAUGGUGCGCAACGCGCGAGCCACGACCGCCCUUUAACCCAAGCUAUCCUGCCUGUCUCCGAGGAGACGUUGUCGAUUUUUAAUCUCAAUUUCGAUACAUAUUCAAUACCCGUGUAAUCUCGAUCCUCGCGCGUUGGCGCCGAGUACCCUGCAUUUCGCCACGAGCAUCUUCGACCUGUCAAGAUGUCCGAAUUCAUCGGAGCCAGAAUAUCCCUCAUAUCCAGGAGCGACAUUCGCUAUUCUGGCACUCUUCAUAGCAUCAACUCGGAUGACUCGACCGUCUCCCUUGAGAAUGUGAGGUCAUUUGGAACCGAGCAUCGGAAAACCAAUCCCGACGAAUUUGUCCCGCCAUCGGACCAGCUCUACGAGUACAUUGUCUUCCGUGGCACCGAUGUCAAGGACUUGAGGAUCGAAGAAGGUCCAGCGCCCGUAAAAGAAGAGAAGCCGCCCGCAGUCCCGAAUGAUCCAGCGAUUCUUGGCGCCCGGCCCCGUCCCGGCAAUGCCGCCCCUGGUCUGUCGGGGCCGGUUGGACCUCAAGGCCCCCAGGGUCCGCAGGGUCCGAUCGGUCAUGCUGGUCCUCAGAACCAGCAAGGCCCUCCGCCUGGCGCACCGGGAUUCGGUUAUUUCCCCCCUCAUAUGUCCGGAUGGGGUCGCGCUGGAGCGCCAGGUCCUGGCCCCGGCCCGUUCGGUGGCAUGCCAUACCCGCCUCCGGGGUGGUUCCCGCCUGGGCAGGAAUUCCCCCCCAUGGGGCACGGCCCGUGGGGCCCUUAUCCGUUCCAGCCUGGGCCCGGUGGCCACCCAGGAGCACCCGGUGCGCCCGGUGCUCCUGGUCAAGGCCGACAGUCUGCAAACCAGACUCCCAGCAAUCAGGGUCCAACACAAAAACCGGCUCCAAUUGGUCCUGCCGCCGACAGGACGCCUACUACCCCCUCUCAACCAGCCAGUGCCUCAUCUGAACCAAAGACGGCGGACCUGGCGCAUAUGCAGCCGGCUGCUGCCGCGCCACCCCCACCGCCGGUCGAAUCGAAACCCACGGUUGAGGAGGUCAAUGCCACGGCUGCGUCGAUUUCGAACAAAUCACCGACAGCUGCCGGCCAAGCCGCCUCAGUUCCGACCGGCCCCAAGGGCAACCGCCCUACGCAGAUUAUGCCAGCUGUUCCUCUCCCGGCUGCUCUCACUGCCAAGGUUGCCCAGAACCAGUCCGGUCCCAAGCCACUUGCCGACCAGACCAACACGGCUGCCGCCGCCGCCGCUUUGAGGGAUGCCACACAGGCCGCCAAGGAUGCUGUAGCGCGUGCCAUGGCGCAGGUCGACAGCUCCGCUACCACCUUACAGCAGGCGGAAACUAACGGCGUGGAUAAUUUGACCAAGCGGGUGAACGAGAUGAGGAUCAAUGCUGCUCGCUCUGGUCAAAGCAACCGGGGCGGUCGUGGCCGCGGCCCUCGUCCCGCCAAGGUUGAGGUUCCUGAUACAGACUUUGACUUUGCUUCGGCCAACGCAAAGUUCAACAAGCAAGAUAUUGUUAAGGAGGCCGUUGCCAGCUCUUCGCUUGGCGAGGCUGGUUUGGCAAACGGUGCUGAUCCUGAGGCUUCUGACGCCAUACCUCCGGCGGAGCCGGCUUACAACAAGAACAAAUCGUUCUUUGACAAUAUUUCGAGUGAUUUGAAGGACAGAGAAAAUGCGGCGCAGCGGCCCGGCGGAGCUCAUUGGCGCGGCGAGGAAACGCGCAAGAACAUUGAGACGUUCGGCCUGGGCAGUGUUGACGGGGGCCCGCGCGGCGGUUUCCGCCGGGGACGUGGCCGUGGACGCCGGGAUUACCGUGGCGGCCGCGGCGGCAGUGGUGGUUAUCGCUCUCGAGGGCCCCAGACAGCGCCUUCUCAGUAGUUCCGCUCUUUUUCUCGCCACAUAAUCCCGGAUCGGUCUCGCCCGAAGUGCGACUGGCGUUUUUGCUGUACGACUAGUCACUUACACAUGGUGUUCGGGACUGCUUUUCUAUUUCUUUCAUUGGCGGCGGCACAAGGCUUCCAGUAUCGUUCUUGUUUUCUGGGCGGGGAGUUGGGGCGUGAUGACGAUACGAAACGGAAAACAUGCUAGUAUGGCUUUAAGGGGCUGGCGAAUCUGGGUUUCAUGCUGCGCUUCACAUGAUCUGGGGCAGCGAUGCCGGAGGGGAAAUUGACACCUGGGGCGCAUGGGCAUGCAUAUCGCUGACAGCCUGGACAGGCAUGGGUUGGGCAGGGUUGCUGGGUAGAUGCAACUGUGGCAUCAGAAGGCAGUUUGGCCUUUGGAGCUCCGGUGGUAGCCAACCAGCAGCGCAGGUAGUUCUAUGAGCUGGUUGAGCAUCACCGGGUACGAGACGUUCACGAUCAAACCAACAAGACAUU